AUGAAAGUUCCUAUUCCAAACUUGAUUCUCUUGUAUGCUACUCUAACUCAGAGCUUGAAGGUUGUGACCAAAAGAGGAUCAGCUGAUGGAUGCACUGACUGGUCUGUGGAUUACAAGAAAUAUCAAGUUCUAGUGGGAGAACCUGUUCGUAUAAAAUGUGCGCUCUUUUAUGGAUACAUUAGAGCUAAUUACUCCCUAGCCCAAAGUGCUGGACUCAGCUUGAUGUGGUACAAAAGCUCUGGGCCAGGAGAUUUUGAGGAACCUAUAGCUUUUGAUGGAACUAGAAUGAGCAAAGAAGAAGAUUCUAUUUGGUUCCGACCAACAGUGGUACAAGACAGCGGACUCUAUGCAUGUGUUAUAAGAAACUCAACUUACUGUAUGAAAGUGUCCAUUUCGCUGACGGUGGGUGAAAAUGACACUGGACUCUGCUACAAUUCAAAGAUGAAAUAUUUUGAAAAAGCUGAACUUAGCAAAAGCAAGGAAAUCUCAUGUCCUGAAAUAGAGGACUUUUUGUUUCCAUUUAGGGAGCCUGAGAUUCUGUGGUACAAGGAAUGCAAGUCAAAGACAUGGAGAUCAAGUAUUGGGUUUAUAAAGGACACUCUUGUCAUUCGGGAAGUUAGAGAGGAUGACAUUGGAAAUUACACUUGUGAGGUAAAAUAUGGCAUCUUUGUUGUCAGAAGAACUACGGAAUUAACAGUUACAGCGCCACUAACAGACAAACCACCAAAGCUUUUACACCCAUUGGAAAGUAAGCUAACAAUUCAGGAGACCCAUUUAGGGGGUUCUGCUAAUCUAACCUGCCGAGCUUUCUUUGGAUAUAGUGGAGAUGUCAGUCCUUUAAUCUACUGGAUGAAAGGGGAGAAGUUUAUUGAAGAUUUGGAUGAUAGUCGAGUCUGGGAAAGUGAUAUCAGGGUUCUCAAGGAACAUCUUGGGGAACAGGAAGUUUCUAUCUCAUUGAUUCUCAAUUCUGUGGAGGAAGGAGACCUCGGCAAUUACUCAUGCUAUGUUGAGAAUGGAAACGGACGCCGGCACGCCAGUAUUCUCCUACAUAAAAGGGAGCUGAUGUAUACAGUUGAGCUUGCUGGUGGGCUUGGUGCUAUUCUGCUGCUGCUUGUUUGUUUAGUGACUAUCUACAAGUGUUACAAGAUAGAGAUUAUGCUCUUCUACAGGAAUCAUUUUGGAGCUGAAGAACUAGAUGGAGAUAACAAGGACUAUGAUGCAUAUCUAUCUUAUACCAAAGUGGAUCCUGAUCAGUGGAAUCAAGAAACUGGAGAAGAAGAAAGAUUUGCUCUUGAGAUCUUACCAGAUAUGCUUGAAAAGCAUUAUGGAUACAAGUUGUUCAUACCAGACAGAGAUUUGAUUCCCACAGGAACCUACAUUGAAGACGUGGCAAGAUGUGUAGACCAAAGCAAGCGACUGAUCAUCGUCAUGACCCCAAAUUAUGUGGUAAGAAGAGGCUGGAGCAUCUUUGAACUGGAAACAAGGCUUCGGAACAUGUUAGUCACAGGAGAAAUUAAAGUGAUACUGAUUGAAUGCAGUGAACUGCGAGGAGUUAUGAACUAUCAGGAGGUUGAGGCCCUGAAACAUACCAUCAAGCUCCUCACUGUCAUUAAAUGGCAUGGACCAAAAUGCAACAAGUUGAAUUCCAAAUUCUGGAAACGUUUACAGUACGAAAUGCCUUUUAAGAGGACUGAACCCAUCACACACGAGCAGGUUUUAGAUGUCAGUGAGCAGGGGCCCUUUGGGGAACUGCAGACAGUCUCCGCAAUUUCAAUGGCUGCUGCCACCUCUACUGCUCUUGCCACUGCUCAUCCAGAUCUACGCUCCACCUUUCAUAACACAUAUCAUUCACAGAUGCGCCAGAAACACUAUUAUCGAAGCUAUGAAUAUGAUGUACCUCCUACCGGCACCCUGCCGCUUACCUCAAUAGGUAACCAGCAUACCUACUGCAACAUCCCUAUGACACUAAUAAACGGGCAGCGGCCACAGACAAAAACUAACAGGGAGCAGAAUCCAGAAGAGGCUCACACAAACAGUGCGAUACUGCCCCUCUUGCCACGGGAGACCAGUAUAUCAAGUGUCAUUUGGUGA